CAUGUAGAGCUUCAUGCGCGACCCACAUACAAAGGGACAAUUUCGACUGUAAAGGUACAUGAUUUGGUCAGUCUGCAUUGCUGAGAAAAUGCAAACGCGUCUUUCAAGUUCAGCGUGAUAGGAUCGGUGCAACGCGGGAGGUUUUUCUCUUUCCAUUUUCUGCCCGGCCGUCAAACCACCCUCGCCGAAGAGUGCCGAGGCUCUGAGACUCGGAGGAGACUUUUAGCUCCGAUGUACGUCUGGUGUGGCUUGCCGUGGGCUACGGGGGCCGGGCUGGUGGCUUUCGUCAUGCUGGUGGUGUUCACACCGGGCACGCUGCAACAGACCGGGGUAGCGCGGAUCGAACUCUGCCAGCCCAACCGGGUCUUACCCUCGUAUUUGCAAGACGCCUGCAACGAGUUGCUGGCCAACCGGGGCACGGCACAGAGCGCCAUGGCGGACUCUGGGACGGGUGCAUCCCCACCAGAUAGAAGACCGUUGUCGGACCCCCCGCGUUACGGGCGGCGGAGUGGAGGCUCCGCCCCUCUCAGCGUGCACCUAUCUAAGCGGUUGUACAGCCUGCCCACUGUCAAGCUUUACAACGUCACGGACAGGCGACGGCACCAGGGCAAUGGUAGAGGGGCCGGCGAUCGAGACCAACGGGUGCUCAUCAGUCGGUCAUUCAAUCUUCUAAGGAAAAUCGCCUCUUUACGUGACAAAUUUGACAUCUUAGAGAACAUGUGAUCGGCACAAUUAUGUUGUAGUCAUGUCAAACAUUAUUUUGAAAACCUUGUUCGCUUUAUUUAAAGGCCUUUUCUCACAAUGGUCAAUGGCUAUUACACAGCAGGUGACUCGGAGAGUGUUUUAGUUAUUUUAAUUGAGUCACAAUGAAUUUGCAAAAAGGCUACUCGUGCCUAACAUGGUGACCCAUUGCCCUCCAAGUCCGCACACGGCCUAUUGCAGAUCUACUUCGUACUACGUGCUCUAAUGAUAAUAUUACAGAAUGCAUAUAUAUAUAUUUUUAACUCUUGAAGUUUGCGAUACAUGAAACUUGUAAAAGUAGCAUUGUGAUAUGCUUUGAUUGAAAUUGUCGUCUUUACCAAAUGAUUUGUAGUCUGCCCGGGUGUUAAAUACUUAUGUCCUUGACUCUUACAAUUAACUCAUUUUAAAUUUACAAAUGUGGUACCUGUAUUUUUUUUUUUAAAUCUCUUUGUUUAGUAGUUAGUCUUAACUUGAAGCAGGGACCUCAAGUAGUACACUUUUAAGUGUACUUUAAAGAAAAUACAUAUGUUGUUCACUUAAAGGUUCAACAGGAUUUUGCUUUUAAUAUUAUCAAUAUUUAUAUUUAUAUCUUUUAUCGAUAUUUUAUAAGCUUAGUUUGCGAUUUUAGCUUGAUUAUGUUCCUGCGUUUAAAUAAUGUGAUGAACACAACAGUACUUUUAGUUUCUUAAUUGGAAAUUUCAAUUCAUUCAAUCGACAUCAUCGACUGUAACGCAACAAUUUCCUCAGUCAUGUUUGCUUUAAUUUCAUCAAAGUGACGAUUUAUGAUCAGUGUCAGCUUUAUAGGUAUAAAUUCCCGACGAUGAACUCCGUUUUUUUGUAAAACAAGUUUCCCGAUUUUGAUGCUAACGCACUUAUUGGUUGAAGACAAUGUUGUAGCGAGAUACUGCAACUUGUGACUUGUGAUCUUAAAAUCAUUAGUAACCACACGUGACUUUAACUGAACUGCAGACUGGUCCAUCGUACAAGCUGAUGCUCAUACGUCACUGUAAAGCCUCGUGUUUAACUUUGAACGCAUCAUAAACGCUUUUUUUGCGACAUUGUAUACACAUUUGAACACGUUUAAGCAGAGAGACGCCUUUUAUUAUUUUGAAAGGCCUAUGUAACAAUCGAGUCUGAUUCAUUAAUGCAGAUAUCCAUGUACCAAAACCAAAUCUCAGCCGAUUUCAAUUUUGCAACUCGUUAUUGAACGGCCCUCGUUUGACAAACAAGCUUACAGCGUAAAAAGCGUUUGACAAACGCUGACAUGUGAACGUUAUAAACGCGUAAAGCGUUAUGAGGUUUAGCAGUACAGUGAAUUUCUAAUGUGAACACAUGUCCUUACGGGUGAUGGUAUGGAUAUGUAUGAAUGAAGCUUUUUAAAGGCAGAUAAGCGAUGAAAAUAGUUCAACCUAAAAAGUCACCGCCAAAAGUUAGGGACUGUUCAAUCAGCGUCGUGAAAUGUAACUAUCGUGUCUCAGAUUCAGAGUUAUCAGCGAAAUUGGCAAGUUGUAUUGUAAACAGUCGACGGUCAGACAUCUUUUAAUAUAAUGAAAGGUAGUGGCACUACUUUCUACCUAAAAAGAGUGGCGAUUACGUGCCCAGUGGUGUUAUUAUAAGCCAUUCAUCUUGAAUCAGGAUAGUUACGAGAUCGAACUAUUUCGAGGGUACAUGACAUUUCUUUUGUUUUUGCCAAAAAUAUGACGACACUCUUUUCAGAGACUAAAUUAUGUAACCCGGAGUUAUUUUGGAAAACUUUAGGUUCCCCCCCCCCCAGUAGUCUAUUGUGAAGAACUCGCCUAUCUCAUGUUUUCAGGUCUCUGUCAUUGUUAUCGUUAAGGGUUUAGACAUUAUAGGUAGUUUUUGUCCUAGCGUGAAUGUUAGGCGGUUUGUCCUGUGCAUUCUUGUGCCGAUGAGGAAUUUUGCGUAAAACGGUGAAUCGAGUCGGGUAGUAAUCUUGAAACAGAAUAGGCAAACAGAACGAGUGAUGUACAGUUGAACACAUACAGGAAAAAAACAUGUACAAUCUGCAGGAAAUAUGAUGCGGAUAGUCAGAAUCGAAAUGGCCAAAGAACGAACAGAAAAAGGGACUUAUGUCUAUCAUAAGGCCAGACGGUGCUCUGGUUGGAAAUAAAAACGAUCCCUGCUUCAUUCACCCAGAAACACACGCAUAUGUUAGGUUGUCAAUAUAUCAAGUUGGUCAGGUUUGAACAUGAAAAUUGCCAACGCACGUAGGCCGAGAAUGAAGAAAAGUGUGCGAAGUGUUGCGAAAGGGGAUGAAAGUGAGUGGACGUCAGGUUGUUGAACGGAGACAUAAACAGGUGUUGCGGUAGUCAAUGCCCGCUUUACGUGUGUUUUACAACUGGAAUAUUUGACGCCUGAGAAAUGUCCUGCCAGUUUCUUUUUAUUUCCUGGCAUAUUUACGACAGACAUGAAAUCAGGCUAUCGGUUGAUUUUUUUUAAGUAGUGGAGGAAGAGACUAAUAUCGGGCACGUGAUCACUAUACAUUCACGAAGCCUCCUCCAAUGGCGGAAGCAUUUUUGUCAUUUAUUGUGCAACCUACUACCCAUGACAAACUGUCUGAACAGCAGGUAGCGCAAUGUUAUCGCCAUCGAAGGGGGUCUUCGUGGUAUAGCGUGUCCGGAUUGGUCAAUAGAUUGCGUAAUAAAUAUAAUGCAAGCAGAUUAAGGUUAUUUACCGUGAUUCAAACUGUUCAAUUAUAGAUAUGAAAUAUCGUUACCGAAACAUUUGUUGGGCAAACGCAAAUGGUAUGAUAGCGAAGCAAGUACUGAAAUCGUUCUAAACAGGCUGGCCACUUGGUACAUUAUUAUGUGAAAUGCAUGCCCAAUUUUGUUUUCUAAUGGAUUCGGAAAACAAAAUAUAGAAUGGUCAUCUCGGGAAAAAGACAUGGAAAAUCCCGGAAAAAAUGUUUCCUGUCAAAAACGGAGAGAGGCUUGCAAAGUGGAAGAAUGAGCGGAGUUGCGAGUGAGUAAUGGAAUUAAAAAGGAAUGUUUUGGAGGUAUUGACAAGGAAAACGAAAAAGUAAGGAAAGGAUGGAAUGAAGGGAGAAAGAUGAGUAAUGAGAGAAAAAAUACAACAGGCUGACAGGAUUAUUUAUAGCAGUGAUUGUAACCGAUAUGUUUUAAGAAAAGAUAAUUAUUUGAAAGCUUGCAGAUCGAGACCACUUUGUGAGAAGAGAAUUUACUUAAUUAUCUUGAGAUUUGUUUCAUUCCAAUUGAGGUAAUCUUUUUUUCGAUUUGGUUAUUUUUAAGAUAUCUUCGAGAGUACCGUUAUUAUGUAAAUUCGGUGUUCUAAAUUCAUGUAAGAGUACAAUCAUCGGACAAUUACACGUGCUUAUAUAUGUAUUGUAGAGGACUAUCCGAUACUAAUGUAACGUAUUAUCAUUGUUCAUAUCAUGCAACUUUCAGUGAUGUAUAUGAUGGUAUCGAGGCAUAUAAAGACAUUGUGAUAAUUAAACGCAAUAUUGAUAUUUUAGCCAAUGCUUGCAAAAUGUGAUGUACAUGUUGUUUGUGCCUAUUCACCCAAUUUUGACAGGAAUUUUAACCUACUUACUUAACUUAUUUGAACUUUUUUUUUAUAAUGUAGUGAAGUAUAUCUCUUUAACCAUACGUGGUGAAAUAAUCUUUUUAAAAAUCGCAAGAAUAGCGUUAUUAUGCUAAUUUGAAUAUACAAGUCACCAAAAUCACCGUUGUCAAAAUCACCGCUCAGUCAAACGGAU